AUGACCCCGGUACUACCUCUUCCCUCUCCCAGAAAAGCCAACAGAGCGGACGUGGACGCAAUAAGCCCGUUCCCUGACGCGGACUUUCUUCGACCUUAUUCCUCGUCCGCUCCGUCUCCUUCAACCCUGAACGCUCAGCCUCUUCCGCAAGGGACGCCAAUGGCGGCAUCGGGCACUUUUCUGGCGGACUCGUCUCCAAUUGAGCAUUUGAGGGAUAACGAUGAUGGACACGACGAUAACGAAGACCCUCACGACCUUUCCCUCUCCUCCAACCAUGUCCUCCGAGCCUCUAUGGUGGACAAUCUGGUAAUGUCGUUGGACCAAUUCUCCAGUACCGUCUUCGACGAUGUCCCAUAUACUCCGCGAAAUCGAGGCUACGAUGCUGCCUCAAGUGCACGGCAACGGGGCCAUACAUUUUCCUCAUCGCUUUCUUCCGAGGCCGAUAUGCAGGACAUGAAGGGUGUACCACGCUUUCCAGACACUGUUCCGCGCAUUCCUAUGCGGAACAGCUGGAGAGGCCCCAAGAUUUCACAACGGCUUCCAAGCAUCUUUGGAGAGGAUGAAGAGUCGGUGCGUGCCAGAGUGUACGAUUCCCAACGGGCGGCUCAGCCUGGGCACCAGAGGAGGAAGAAGAACACCUCGAAAGGCGGGAGAAGCCCUACCAGCAGCGCCUCGUCAAGUAUUGAUCUGGGGCAUCUUGCCAGUCUGUCUGGGCGACUGGGCGGACCAGGGGAUAGACGGUCAAGGAGCUUUGAUCUAGGCUCCGGCCAGCGCAACAUGCGCGUCUCGAGAGGCUUAACGGCCGGUGACGGUGCACCGAUGCCCAUCAUAUUCCAAGGGCCGGAGGCGGUACAUGACCCUUUGGUAAACACCUCUGCCUCGCCUCUUGUCCGGAAAAACAGCACCAAAUCUUCGAAGAGCGCAUAUGCGAAGAGAGGCCGGACCGGAGCCUUGGGGACAAACACAUUGGAUGAUCCUGUUCCGCAACUGCCUACUAUGAGGAGCGUUCCUGCGUUGCUCAACACGGCUCACGACCAGAAAUUGGGUUUUUCGGAGCCUGUUGCCGCUCCAAGGCCUGGUUUCUUCCGCCGCGUCUUUGGCUCUUCUAGAAAUCCCGUUACGACGGAUCAUCAUGUUCACGCCGUCAACAAACCUCAAUAUGGCCGAUCGACCCCUGUCCAGGACGAGAUGGGACACCCCACCACACCCCUAGGGAGAGCGCAUAAGCCGGUUCGCAGGACUUCUAAUGAUGUAUCUGCUAACAAGGAAAACCACCCGGUGUCUAAGAAGACUUCUACCUUCUUCCGUCGGAGGAAGAAGUCUAUCAGCACCAAUAUUCCUCCACCUCUGCCACUCACACUCAACUCAGAAUUGAAAUCAGAGUCUGCUGCCGUGGACGGGACCAGUCCGGUUAGUAGCCUUAGAGCUUUCAUGGUCCCCUACCUGGGGGAGAGCCAGAUGCACUCCUCAGGCCAUGGUCACGGGCAUAGUAGAACAAGUUCAAUGCAAGGGUCAUACACAGCAACACGUCCACCUCCCACGUUUGCCCUUCCCAAAGACACGCCCAAUCGACCUAGACUUGCCGGCCACAGUCGAAACGAAUCGCAUGGAAGCAAUAGAACCUUGAAGACGAACAGCAAGCCCGGCUCGACUCUUCGUAUUCCGCAUCAAGAUUCUUUCCUGGCGGAUAGCAGCAGCACCGAGGAACCGUCAAAAAUCUCUCCUUUCGACGGUCAGUAUUCGGACGGUGAGCAGCCGGAUGAAGAAGUCCACCACAAUCUCCAUGACCUGAAACUGGAACACACCGUAUCGUUUAACGCAUUGCCUACCUCGACUCCUGAUCCUCAAAAGUCAAUGGCACGAAAACCAUCGUGGAAGUCCGAGGAAGUCUCUCCCACUACUCCUCUGGUCGGAAACCCUUUGUGCAACCUCACGAACACAGGACCUCUCGCAAGUCCUAGUCACAGUGCUAGAUUGCUGAAACGCCUGGAGAUGGACCGAGGCGGGCGCAAAGAUUCUCCUAUUCAUUCUUUGUCUGAUGUUAGCGAGUAUCGGUCCGCGCCUACAACCCCUCUCGUGACCGAAACUCCUGAAGACGACCAAGCUGCUCCUUUGGAGGUUGCUCAGGUGGCAACGCUGCCAGAUCCCGACAAGCUCAAAGCGCAAAGCAUCUUCGACAAUGUGGAUAACGAAAUUGAUUCUUCAAAUGCCGGAGCAUGGCUAGGAGAGGCUGGUGCUGACCGGGAACGUAUACGAAAAGCGUACAUGGGACUUUUCGACUGGAAUGGCCAAGAUAUCCUAGACGCAUUCCGGGAUCUAUGUGAUCGAGUUGCCCUCAAAGGCGAGACACAGCAGAUGGACCGAAUGGUGGACGCGUUUGCCCAGCGGUGGUGCGAGUGCAACCCCAAUCACAUGUACAAGUCCAGCGAUGUUGUCCACACUAUCUGCUAUUCUCUUCUGCUGCUCAACACCGAUCUUCACCUGGCCGACAUUGGCCAGAAAAUGACCAAGAAUCAAUUCGUCCGCAACGCUCUCCCUACCGUCAAACUUGUGGCUCAGGGGCAGGACACUGACAGCACUUUACGUGCAAACGCCGUUAGACCCCGUGCCAAUGUGUUGUCGACGCAAGAUACUGCGGAAACGCCGCGGCAGCCGACAAGAUCAGGAGCCAACCCCAGCCAGGACGAGCGACAAAAUUCCGUUUCAACAAUCUCUAAUGUGGACACCUCAGCAGAUGGCACGCCAGGAAGGAACUGGGAAAUGCGCAUCGAAUCGGUACUAAGAACAUUCUAUACCUCCAUCUCCCAGGAUCCCUUGCCCUUGCAUGGCGCUCAGCUUGAUGUGCCCGGUCAGUUGCACCAGUCUAGCAGCUUUCUAUCGGUCGGAUCAAAUAUGCUACGACGGACACCAAGCGUACUCAGCAAGGCCCAUUCUGAGAGCAAUCGUGGUCGCCUAGUUGGGGAAAGCCGAUCCUUGGGCGCUCGUUGGGCCACGAAGGCCAGAUCAAGGCCCCGUUUGCCAUCCGCACCUGGCUUUGGUUCUAGUAGGACGAGCAUAGACGAGCAGUCGACCACCUGGAGCCCAUCCAUGUCGAGCACAUGGAGUCGGGCGUCACUAGGGAAGACACUGACUUCGAUGUCAGUAGACUCGUUCAAUACUGAAGCCGCCCCUGGAGAUUAUCAAUCAUCAAUCGGCUUCGCCAAUGCUCUAAGUCAGGCAAUUAUUCGAGACGACCAGCUGGAACUCCCCAUCGAUGACGGACCCAAGGCCGGGUCACUCCUCGAAGAUGACACUCUCGAGCUCUGUGGUGCACCAUGGGCGAAAGAAGGAAUCGUCAAACACAAAUGCCAUCUAGAGGGUGUGGACAAACGAUCCAAAGACAGAAACUGGACCGAUUGUUUUGCUGUUAUUGAAAGAGGAUGGAUGCGAUUGUUUUCUUUCUCCUCGACCGCAAAGUCGCUCCGGAACAAGGCUCGUCAGCCAAAAGCAGGCGCUGUUGUGGGCGGCGGGAACUGGCAAGAUAAUGCUGAAGAGGUGUGGAAAUUCAUGCUACGACAUACGAUCGCAAGCUCUUUACCUCCUCCUGGCUAUUCCAAGGCACGCCCGUACGUUUGGGCUCUGAGUCUUCCGACCGGGGCUGUGCACCUCUUCUCUGUUGGAACUCCGGAUAUUGUCAAGGAGUUUGUGUCCAGCGCCAACUUUUGGAGCGCUCGGUUAUCCAAGGAACCGAUGAUGGGCGGCAUCAGCAACAUGGAAUAUGGGUGGAGUGAUGCCGUUGUGAACCGCAGUUUGAUAUCCUCCGAUUCGCAGAACGAGAACAACAGCACGAUGAAUCCACGCCCCAGCACACAGAUGUCGAUGCGGAGCUCUCUGGAUUAUGUUGGUGGUGGUGCUCGGGCCAAGCUGCCUGGAGACAGGGUCCAUAUCAGUGACUGGACACCUCCGCAGCAAUCCAUGUUUGCCUCUCAGUUGAUGGAGGUCGAUCAGUUGAAGGCCCUUCAGACCUAUGUCAGCAACGUGGAGGACGAGUUGCAAAGACAUAAUGAGCUUAGGGGGCCUAUGUUACUGGCGUUCUCCUCGAAGCAUCCCAACUCGACCAAGGCGAUGAACAAUUGGGAAAAGAAAAGCAGCUACCUUCUGCGGGAGAUUGUCAAGUUCCGGACAUAUAUUGAUGCACUGCAGCAUGCCCAGGCCACGAAAGACCGGAUUUACAAGAUGAGGCAGGAAGAAGAUGAGGCUCGAAGGGUGGAGAUGGACAGCCGGGUCGUAACCGGCCAGCCCAUCCCAGCCUGA